CUGACGGGGCCGUGUGUGUCUAAAGGUUUGAGAAACGAGGCAUAGAGGAGCUGCAGGCCAGAGCCUGUGAGCAGGAUGGCUAACCAGCAAUGAAACCAAAACCUUGUCAGAUUGCAGUUCAGUGCCUUCCUGUGUUCUGAAGAAUGGCUCCUGCUUGGCAGAGACUGGGUUUAUAUGCUUCUCUUCUGAGAAGGCAGCUAAAGGGUGGGCCAGACAUCAUCAAAUGGGAAAGGCGAGUAAUUCCAGAAUGUACCAGAAGUAUUUACAGUGCCACUGGGAAAUGGACGAAAGAGUAUACAUUGCAGACAAGAAAGGAUGUUGAGGAAUGGUGGCAUCAACGAAUAAAAGAACAGGCCUCCAAAAUUUCAGAAGCUGAUAAGUCAAAGCCCAAGUUUUAUGUGCUUUCCAUGUUCCCUUAUCCUUCUGGCAAGCUGCAUAUGGGCCACGUGCGUGUCUACACUAUCAGUGACACCAUCGCACGGUUCCAGAAGAUGAGAGGAAUGCAGGUCAUCAACCCCAUGGGAUGGGAUGCAUUUGGAUUGCCUGCUGAAAAUGCUGCCAUAGAGAGGAAUUUGCACCCAGAAAGUUGGACCCAAAGUAAUAUUAAACACAUGAGGAAACAGCUGGACCAACUGGGCCUGUGUUUCAGCUGGGACAGGGAAAUAACUACAUGUUCGCCAGAGUACUACAAGUGGACUCAGUACCUGUUUAUUAAACUCUAUGAAGCUGGACUGGCUUAUCAAAAGGAGGCCUUGGUUAACUGGGACCCCGUGGAUGAGACAGUGCUUGCCAACGAGCAGGUGGAUGAACAUGGCUGUUCAUGGCGCUCUGGAGCAAAGGUGGAACAGAAGUACCUCAAACAGUGGUUUAUUAAAACAACUGCUUAUGCAAAGGCCAUGCAGGACGCGUUGGCAGACCUUCCAGAAUGGUAUGGGAUAAAAGGCAUGCAGGCCCACUGGAUUGGGGACUGUGUGGGCUGCCAUCUGGACUUUGCACUAAAGGUUGAUGGACAAGACACAGGAGAAAAGCUGACUGCGUACACGGCCACCCCUGAGGCCAUUUAUGGCACUUCCCACGUGGCCAUCUCUCCUAGCCACAGACUCUUAAACGGCCACAGCUCUUUGAAGGAAGCCCUUCAGAAGGCUCUCAUCCCUGGAGAAGAUUGCCUCACUACCAUCACAGCUGUCAACAUGCUCACCCAGCAGGAGGUCCCUGUCGUGAUUGCGGCCCGAGCUAACUUUGAAGGCUCUCUGGAUUCAAAAAUAGGAAUUCCCAGCACGAGCUUGGAGGACACCAGCUUAGCCCAAGCCCUAGGCCUGGCCUACUCUGCAGUCAUUGAAACUUUGCCAGAUGGCACAGAGAGACUGAGCAACUCUGCUGAGUUCACAGGUAUGACCCGGCAGGAUGCCUUCCUAGCCCUGACUCAGAAAGCCCGAGGGAAGAGAGUGGGUGGAGAUGUGACAAGUGACAAACUGAAAGACUGGCUGAUCUCACGGCAGCGGUACUGGGGCACACCAAUCCCCAUUGUCCACUGUGCAGCCUGUGGCCCAGUGCCUGUGUCCCUGGAGGACUUGCCCGUGACCUUGCCCAACAUCACAUCUUUCACCGGCAAAGGAGGCUCCCCACUAGCAGCAGCUUCGGAGUGGGUGAACUGCUCCUGCCCACGAUGCCAGGGGGCAGCCAAAAGAGAGACAGACACCAUGGAUACCUUUGUUGACUCUGCUUGGUACUACUUCCGAUACACAGACCCUCAGAAUGCUCACAGCCCUUUUAGCACAACACUAGCCAAUUACUGGAUGCCUGUGGAUCUGUACAUUGGAGGGAAGGAACAUGCCGUCAUGCACUUAUUCUACGCAAGAUUCCUCAGUCAUUUUUGUCAUGAUCAAAAAAUGGUCAAACACAGGGAGCCUUUUCAUAAGCUGCUGGCCCAGGGCCUCAUCAAGGGGCAGACAUUCCGCCUAGCUUCUGGACAGUAUCUGCGGAGAGAGGAGGUAGACCUCACAGGUUCUGCUCCUGUUCAUGCAGAAACGAAGGAGAAGCUGGAGGUGUCGUGGGAGAAGAUGAGUAAGUCCAAGCACAACGGGGUGGAGCCCGAAGAGGUCGUCUCUCAGUAUGGCAUCGACACCAUUCGGCUCUACAUCCUUUUUGCCUCCCCUCCAGAGAAGGAUAUCUUGUGGGAUGUGAAGACCGACGCUCUCCCUGGAGUGCUGAGAUGGCAGCAGCGUCUGUGGUCCUUGGCAACCCGAUUUAUCGAGGCCAGGGCUUCUGGGAAGGAUCCCCAACCCCAGCUGCUGAGCAGUGCAGAGAGAGCCGAGGCCAGGAAGCUCUGGGAGUACAAGAACUCCGUCAUCUCUCAGGUGACUGCCCAUUUCACAGAGGACUUCUCACUGAACUCUGCAAUCUCUCAGCUGAUGGGACUCAGCAGUGCCCUCUUGCAAGCCUCUCAGAGAGUCGUUCUCCACAGCUCCGAAUUUGAGGACGCUCUGUGUGCCCUGCUGGUGAUGGCUGCCCCGAUGGCCCCUCACAUAACCUCGGAGCUUUGGGCAGGUCUGGCACUGGUGCCCAAGAAGCUCUGUGACCACUAUGCCUGGGACACUGCCGUGCUGCUUCAGGCCUGGCCCACGGUGGACCCACAAUUCCAUCAGAAGCCUGACGUGGUACAGAUGGCGGUUCUGAUCAACAACAAAGCCUAUGGCAAGAUCCCUGUGCCCCAGCAAGUUGCCCAGGACCAGGAUAAAGUCCACGAACUUGUUCUCCAGAGUGAACUGGGAGCCAGGCUCUUGCAGGGGAGAAACAUCAAGAAGGCCUUCCUCUCCCCCAGGACUGCCCUCAUCAACUUCCUGGUGCAAGAGUGACACCUGGGGCCCCAGAGGAGCCUCCUUCCAGGCCUGGGUUGGAAUACUGACCUUCAUACUAUGACAGGCUGGGGUCAAUAGGGUGCCUGUGCAGGGGGCAGGGUGAGUGCAGGCAAAGGAGAAAUCACAGGGAGGAAGAGGGACCAUGUAGCUGUCUCUUGCCCUCCUGCACCCCCAUGUCAGGGUUGAGGAAGCCAUGCGACCCCAUGUGAAGCCACCAGAGAUACCACUGGCUGGGAGCAGGAAGGAGAAGAGAAGCAAGUGAGGACCGUGACUCUGGAACAGCCCAGGGGCUUCUGGAUCCUGAGAUGGCAUCGAGUAGAUGCUUCUUGAGAGCCAAAGGUGGACCUGAGGAACCCCACAGUCCCAGGAGCCAUGUGCCAGACACUCUGAAGCAGGAACUCUGGAGAGUGGUGGAUGGUCUCCUGGCCUUCAGACUAGGCCAAGAAGCAUUCAGGUUAUCCACAAAUAUCGGGCGUGUGGGGUUGGACCCUGGGUCCUUUUAGAGUGGCUCUGAACGGAAGACCAGCAGUGCUGGUGUCUCUGCACGUGUCUCCACCACGCCUCAGCUCUGCCACACAGGCCUCUUCCUCCCCCACCCCAGCUGGACGUGGCUGCUGGGCCUGUCCUGAUACUGACGCACCAGCGCUCAGGCAGAGCGCCACUCCCUAGGAUGAUGAAGGAGCAGUGCAUCAGAACCAGCCCUCAGUGUGUGGAAAUUACCGCCCAGGGAAGCAGGUCCACUCAGGCUGCUGGCUGUCGACAUUAGAGCCCACCACAGCCCCCCAGGGCAAAGGCCCUAAGGGCUCAUGUGGAUCCCAGAUGGCGAUGCCACCAUGGUGGACAGACUCAGAGGAAGAGCAAGUGUAGCUGUGGCUGCUCAGUGUCACCUCCUGUGUCUAGGCCGCUGCUAUCUGGCAGUGAGGAGGUGGCCAGGAAUGGCCCAGUGUGUGGGUCCA